UUAUUUUCUUGACCUUUGACUAUGAAUAUUCAUGAGCUCGAUUUCCCGCGAAAAAUGAUCAUGUGUGCACAAACCGCGGCAAAAUCGUCGAGAAGACAAGAUGGCUGACCGUACAUCCUCUGAGCGCUCAGAGCCCUUCUCCCCACCGGUGGGGAGCCCCCGCACCAGCCCGAGUCGCGGCACCAGCCCCACCCGCGACCUCCCGCCCUUCGAGGACGAGUCGGAGGGGUUGCUAGGCAACGAGGAGGCUCCGAUCCUGGAGGAGGAGGAGGAAGAUGGGGAGGAGCUGUUCGGAGAUCGCAUGGAAACGGACUACCGAGCGAUCCCGGAGCUUGACGUGUAUGAUCGCGAGGGCCUGGACGACAAUGAAGAGUACUCGGAACUGUCGUUCGGCGAGCGUGCGGAGGUCGAGCGGGAGCUGAGGAAACGGGAUCGCGAGGAGGGCCGCAUCUCAGGGCGCAUGCGCAGGGGCCUGCUGUAUGAUGAGAGUGACGAGGAGGAUGAAGCGGUACCCAGGAGGAGGAGACGGCUGGCGGAGAAGGCUGCCGAGGGUCUGGAGGGGGAGGAUGAGGAGAUGAUCGAGAGUAUAGAGAACCUGGAGGACAUGAAGGGGCACUCCGUGCGGGAGUGGGUUUCCAUGGCGGCGCCACGCCUGGAGAUCUACAACCGCUUCAAGAACUUCCUGCGCUCUUACUGUGACGAGACUGGCAAGAACGUCUACCGCGAGAAGAUCAGGAAAAUGUGUGAAAACAACAAAGAGAGCCUGGUGAUUGACUACAACAUCCUGGCGAACGAGGAGCAGGUUUUGGCGUACUUCCUGCCGGAGGCGCCGGCCGAGAUGCUGAAGAUUCUUGACGAGGCGGCGAAGGAGGUCGUCCUGUCGAUGUUCCCCAAGUACGAUCACAUCGCCAAGGAGAUCCACGUCCGCAUCGCCGAGCUGCCGCUGGUGGAGGAACUGAGAUCACUCAGACAGCUGCAUCUGAACCAGCUCAUCCGUACCAGCGGAGUUGUGACCAGCACCACGGGAAUCCUGCCCCAGCUGUCCAUGAUUAAGUACGACUGCUCCAAGUGCAGCUUCGUGCUCGGCCCGUUCUACCAGACGCAGAACCAGGAAGUCAAGCCGGGGUCGUGUCCGGAGUGCCAGUCCAACGGGCCGUUUGAAAUCAACAUGGAGCAGACUGUGUACCAGAACUACCAGCGCAUCACCAUCCAGGAGAGCCCCGGGAAGGUCGCCGCUGGUCGCCUGCCGCGAUCCAAGGAUGCCAUCUUGCUCGCCGACCUCGUGGACUCCUGCAAACCUGGGGACGAGAUCGAACUGACAGGCAUCUACCACAACAACUACGACGGUUCCCUGAACAUGGCGAAUGGGUUCCCGGUGUUCGCUACCGUUAUCCAGGCCAACUACAUCACCAAGAAGGACGACAAGCUGGCCGUUAGCAGUCUCACUGAUGAUGAUGUCAAGGCCAUUGUCGCCCUGUCCAAGGACGAACGCAUCGGAGAGAGGAUUUUUGCCAGCAUGGCUCCUUCCAUAUAUGGGCAUGAUGACAUUAAGAGGGCCUUAGCUCUGGCCCUGUUUGGGGGUGAAGCCAAGAAUCCGGGCCAGAAGCACAAGGUGCGAGGAGACAUCAACGUCCUGCUGUGUGGAGACCCGGGGACGGCCAAGUCUCAGUUCCUCAAGUAUGUGGAAAAGACGGCACACCGGCCCGUCUUCACUACAGGUCAGGGUGCAUCCGCGGUGGGUCUGACAGCGUAUGUACAGCGGAACCCAGUCAGCAGGGAGUGGACACUAGAGGCCGGGGCACUGGUGCUGGCUGACAGGGGCGUCUGUCUCAUCGACGAGUUCGACAAGAUGAACGAUGCAGACCGUACCAGCAUCCACGAGGCCAUGGAACAGCAGACCAUCUCCAUCUCCAAGGCCGGCAUCGUCACGUCCCUACAGGCGCGCUGUUCCAUCCUCGCCGCAGCCAACCCCAUCGGCGGCCGCUACGACCCCUCCCUAACCUUCUCUGAAAAUGUUGACCUCCCUGAGCCGAUCCUGUCCAGAUUUGACAUCCUGUGUGUGGUCAGGGACACCGUGGAUCCUGUUCAGGAUGAGUUGCUGGCCAGAUUUGUUGUGAACAGCCACAUCAGACAUCACCCCUCCAACAGUGGGGAGGACACAGAUGGGCAGCCGGAGAUGCCCCUGACCACGACAGGAGUGGAGCCUGUUCCUCAGGAACUCCUGAAGAAGUACGUUAUCUACAGUAAGGAGAAAGUCCGGCCCAAGCUGCACAACAUGGACCAGGACAAGGUGGCGCGCAUGUACUCGGACCUGCGCAGGGAGUCCAUGGCCACCGGCAGUGUCCCGAUCACGGUGCGACACAUCGAGUCGAUGAUCCGUAUGGCGGAGGCGCACGCCCGCAUGCACCUGCGGGACUACGUCAACGAGGACGAUGUGAACAUGGCGAUCCGUGUCAUGCUGGAGAGUUUCAUCGACACGCAGAAGUACAGCGUCAUGCGGAGCAUGAGAAAGAACUUUGCGCGCUACCUGGCGUUCCGGCGAGACAACAACGAGCUUCUGUUCUUCAUCCUGCGGCAGCUGGUGCAGGAGCAGCUGUCCUUCCACAGGAACCGCUUCGGCACCGAGCAGGACUUCGUGGAGGUCUCCGAGAAGGAUCUACAGGACAAGGCUCGGCAGAUCGGGAUCCACAACCUGUCGGCGUUCUACGAGAGCGACGUCUUCAGGACAAACCGGUUUUCGCACGACGGGAAGCGGAAACUCAUCGUACAAACUCUGUAACCUUCGCAGGGCCGGACUGUUUAUAUCCAAUCCUAAGUUUCCUAUCUUUAAGGUCACUAAGUCUUACAGAAAAACCAAAACAGAAAAUCAGAUAGUAGUCACUGGACUGCUUAUCCUAGUUUUCUAUCUUCUUGGUCACUUCAGGAAAAUUAUGACUUGUCUCCCUGACAAAAAAACAACAGUAGCAACAGAGUGGUAGUCACUCUGGGACCUUCAGAGAGUAAGGGCUGUUUAUAUCACAUCCUAGUUUUCUAUCUUCUACUAGUUCUAGGUCACAUCAGCAAAAUUACUUGUCGCCCUGACAAACAAACAAAAAAUGAGCGUUGUAGUUACUCUGGGACUUUAAAGGGGCUGGACUGUUCAUAUCACAUCAUAGUUUUCUGUCUUUAGGUCACUGCAGUGAAAUUAUAACUUGUCUUUUGGACAAGCAAAAAGAAAAUAAGCCUAUUACCAUUUGUAAAACCAUGUGACUUUGCUUGAUAAGAAAGGUUAUCUGUUUAAUUAUCUUGAUAUUGAAAAAUGUCAAGAAUUUGAGCUUAACUCUUCUUCUAGGCUAUCAGCAAGCUAUUCAUGUACACGUGUCACCACAGCUUGAGUUGUGUCAGAUAAGGUUGUUUCUGUGCAUGAUGGAAUGGUGCAAGAUCUGC